AAUUUUCUUGUAUAACAUAACCCCAACUCCUUUGAACUUUUGAACGUGUUUGCAGUUAAAAAAUGACUGCAGGAAAAGGGCAACUUGUUAAGAAUGUGUUGAAUUUGAAUAAAAAAGUCGUAUAUCCGAAACCUUCACGAACCGAACCAAGAAGAGAGGUAUCAGAAUUCAAUCUCGCACCAUCGGAAAAGGGGAAGAGCAAUGUUCGAGUAACCGAUCUGACUGACGCCCUGAAGAAGCAGUCCAAACAAGCAGGUGUUCGACAAAGAAUUCGUUCAUUCGAAAAGAAGGUUAAACCAUUACCGAAACCUUUAGAAAAAGUGAAAGCGGAUCGUAUCCGUCGCAGUACUGCGUUUGACAAAGUGAAGAAGCAUUUAAAUCGAUGGAAUGCAGUGGUUACGUCCAACCGAGCGUCAAACCACCUCACAUUUCCCUUACAAGACGACCUCAAAUUGGAGUCGGGCAAGAAUUUUACGACCUUUCGUAUAAAAUCUGAUCUCCAGAAACGACUGGAAACUUUCGAGGAGCCCGGCGAGGUGUUUAACUUGGAAAGUGAGCCAAAGUAUCCGCUAACAAUGCAAGAGAUGCUCGAGCGGCGAAAGGAAAUGAAGAAAAUGAAGAUCAUCGAAAGUCAGAAGGCGGCCAAGGCGCGACGACAGAAUAAAAUAAAAAGUAAAAAGUAUCACAGAAUUCAGCGACGCGAGAAGAUAAAGGGGCAAAUCAAGGAAUUCGAGGGGCUGCAACAGACGAAUCCGGACGAGGCACUUAAGAAACUGGACGAAAUCGAACGGGUUCGUGCCGAGGAACGAGCCAGUUUGAGGCAUCGCAAUACAGGGAAGUGGGCGAAAAGUAAGCAGAUCAAAGCGAAGUACGAUAGUACGAAUCGGCAAGAAUUAGCCCAGCAGCUGAUGAUUAGUCGCGAAUUGACGCAGAAGGUGCAGGCGGACGAUGACCGUUCGGAAUCAGAGGACGAAAACGUUCCAAAGGCGCCCACCGUCAACAACGACAAUCCCUGGGUGAACCAAAUUAAGACGUCGGAGGAAGUCGAGACCUUCCUGAAAGGCUACCGAAAAUUUUGGGAAGAGAAAAAUGCAACCAAAACGGAGGCGAGCGCGGUGGUUGAAGCGGAUGCAAGCGCGGUGGUUGAAGCGGAAGCGAUGAAAUCAAAUGCGGACGUAGCAGUAGAAGAGGAAGAGUCAAAUACAGUGGUAGAAACGGAAGUGGAAAUAGUCAAUCUCGCGAAAGAAGAUGUUGGUGCUUCGGUACCGGAAGAA